AUGUCUGGGGGCUCAGAGAGUGAUGACUCUGUAACAGCUAAUGGGAGGGUUUACAUUCCUGAAGUAAGAAAUGAGGAAACACCAGCAGUUGGGAUAAAGUUCGACUCGCUUGACCUCGUUUAUAAUUUCUAUAAUAGAUAUGCAUUCUUGGCUGGCUUUGGUAUUCGACUUCAUUCCAGCUUUUGGGGGAAAAAUAAGAAAGAGAUUCUGAGAAAAGAAUUUGUAUGUUGCAAACAAGGUGCAUACCGGAAUGAUGAAACUCGGGAGAGAAAAAGACAGCGGGGAAUAAGUAGAUGCAAUUGCAAAGCUAAGAUUGUGGUUGUGAAGACACAUGGGAGCAAGAAGUAUACCAUCUCUCUUUUUGCAGAGGGACACAAUCAUAAGAUGACACCCUCAGGAAGAAUGCAUUUACUGAGAUCACACCGUCGUAUUUCAGAUUCUACAAAAGUACUCACAAAACAGUUGGGUUCGGUUAAUAUUCCCAUUAAUCAGAAGGUAAGUAUUUUCGAGGUGCAAUCCGGAGGAAUGGAUAAAAUCGGUUUUAUCAAAAAGGAUAUCUACAAUCUUGAAUGUAGUGUGAAUGAGAAGCUGAGGAACCACGAUGUUGAACUAGUGACCGAGUAUUUUAUGGCUGAACAGAAAAAAAUGAGGCUUUUUAUUUCAAGAUUGAGGGAGAUGGCGAUAACAGAUGCAACUUCUAGACGGGCGUACGGGUUUUAUGGGGAUGUUGUUGUAUUUGAUACCACAUUCAACACGAAUAGAUACGACUUGACAUUUGCACCAAUGUUGGGAGUUAAUAACCAUGGUCAAACAAUUGUCCUAGCAUGCGCAUUUUUGAGCAAGGAAACGACUGAGUCGUUUAUUUGGAUGUUUGAGGAGUUUAAGAAAGCCAUGCCAGGUGGCGAACCUAAAACGAUCAUUACAGAUCAAGAUGCGGCAAUGAGCAGAGCGAUUUCAAUAGCCUUCCCGACUACAUUUCAUCGACUUUGCAUAUGGCACAUCACAUCAAAGUUCUCUGUUAAGUUACCACAUUCUGCUUAUAAGGAUUAUUGGCGUGAAUUCCAGAAAGCCAUAUGGGAUACUGACAAUAAGGAUGAGUUUGAUGCAAAAUGGAAUAUUGUGGGAAUCUUGGGUUCCAGCCUACGCACGACACUUUUUUGCCGCUGGAAUGUCAAGCAGCCAAAGAGCGGAAUGUUCUCAUGGUUUCUUCAAGCAAUACAUAUUAAGGAGAAAUUCGUUGAUGUGAGCGAAAGGAAAAAUUGGGAAACAAGAGUGGCAGAAGUCGUAUAUGUCAAAGAUUCUGACCACGCAUCGUGUAGCUGCAAAAGAUUUGAAUUUGUUGGAAUUAUUUGCAAGCACAUCCUAGCAUUGUUCAGAAGGGACCAGAUUGAAUAUAUGCCCGAUAAAUACAUUUUGAAGAGGUGGAAGAAAACUGCGAAAUCUGGAUUGGUGUCAGAUGCAAAUGGCAACGAAAUUAAAGACUCUGCAGAUCCUGGUCUUUUAAUAAAGCGGAGUACAAUGUCCCGACUUGCUUCAGAUGUGGUUGAGGAUGCAUUAAUGUGUGAAGAAGGAUGUGAGCUACUGUCAGAGACUUUAAAAGAUGGACCAAGUAAUAACGAAGUUGGAGGGUCCAGCUCUCAAACACAAUAUAUGAAAGACCCUAAGAGAGUAAGGUGCAAUGGAGGGUCGAAACGAGUAACGGGAGCAAAGGAAAAGGCAAUGAAGCGAGGGAUUAGACACUGUCGGGAGUGUGGACACAUUGGUCAUGAUAGAAGACAAUGCCCAAGAAAUUUGAACACACCGACAUCACCGUCGAACAAUAACGAAUCAACUCCAAUAGAUCUUAGUGACCCAUUAUUCGACGAAUUUUACAGGAUGCACGGACCAACUCAAUGA